UCCCCAACACCAACGCCUGAUCAGCCCUCUCCAUCGAUCUCUUACCAACUUCUCCCACAAUAUCCUUUAUAUAACACCCCACCGAUUAUCAACCUUCAUACCUUCUCCUUUGAUUUGUUUUCUUCGCCAACUUCCAACUUCUUCCAAUACUGUCAUUUUUUUUUUUUUUCUGUUACUCUCUCUUAAAAUGGCAAAAAAUGUUGCUCAGUCCCCUCUUGAGAGGAAUAGCCUGGCUUCUCUUGACCAAAAGCUGGCCAUGGCCAAGCGCUGUUCUCAGGAGGGUGUGAUAGCAGGAGCAAAGGCAGCCGUUGUUGCUACUAUUGCCACUGCCAUUCCAACUAUGGCUAGUGUGAGGAUGCUGCCUUGGGCAAGGACCAAUCUCAAUCCCACCGCUCAAGCUCUCAUAAUCUCCACAGUGGCCGGAGCAGCAUAUUUCAUAGUGGCUGACAAGACCGUUUUGGCAACGGCUAGGAGGAACUCCUUCAAGCACUCUGACCAUGAAGCAUAGAAGCGAAUUAAUCAAUUAUUAUGUAAACUCAUUAUCUAAAUAAAUAAAUAUGGGUUUCCUUCCACUUUAGGAGCACGAUUGAUAGUGGCAUGUAUUCAGAUUUCAGAGAUCAUCUUAUAUUAAUGCAAAUCGUCUUCCACUUAAUUAUAAA